AUGGCGUCAUUCAUUUUUAUUCACUUUAAUUUUUCAAGGAUUUACGGUGCUCCACCAUCGGUCGAUGUUUCACCGGAAAGAAUCAUAUUGUUAGAGAACAAACCAUUGGAAGUCGUUUGUCGCGUUGGCGUACCCAUAACUUAUUGUAGAUUUGCCGUACCUGGAGUAUCAAGUGCAUUAAAUUUGAGACCGAGUAUACCCGCCCACGAAGGUAUAGAAUAUUUCGGAGCCGGUCUUGAUAAGGGAGAAUGUGGAAUGUUAAUAAGAAACGUAAAUCCCAAACACAGUGGUAUAAUACAAUGCACCAUGGGAUUUACAGACGAGCCAACGGAAAGCAUAGGAAAUUUAACUCUCAUCGUUGCAAAGGCUCCCGAUCCACCACUUUUAUUCGUUUCUCCAAGUUCAACUUAUGGCAAUUCAUAUUUAGAAGGUGAAACAAUACAAGCAACGUGUAAAAUAAGCAACGCGAGACCGAUAGCAAAUAUUUCUUGGUACUUGGGCACAGAACCAAUUUACGAUCGCCUUAGUCCAACGAUAACGGAAGAAGAAAACGGUUUGAUGAGCAUAAGUCAAAAUUUAUCAAGGCAAAUAACUUAUGCCGAUCACAAUAAGGAUCUCAAAUGUGUUGCCGGACACAUAGCAUUAGGCCCCGGAACCAUAAAUCAUUCAAUAUUUAAACUCAAUAUAAAAUUUCCGCCGAAACCGAAAUCGCAAGAAUUAGAAAAAUUUGGAUUCACAAUCGGACAACCUGGAAAAAUAAUCGUGACUUUUCAAGCAAAUCCCAUACCUGAUAUCAUAUGGAAAGUCGAUCAAGAUAGUUUGAAACCAGGCACGAGAGAUAGAACCGGAAGAUUCGAAGCUGGAAUUUUACAACAUAAGGGCGCAGGUACAUGGGAUGCCACAUUGAUAAUAAACACGGUACGAGCGGAAGAAGUUGAAAAACGUUACACGCUCAUAGCACAAAACGAAUUGGGACGUGAAACAUAUAAAGUAGCCAUUUCAACGAGUCCGGAACCACCGACCAACAUCACUGCCGGAGCUAUAGUAGGCAUAGUUGUAGCCGUACUCGUUAUAUUAUUAUUAAUAUUCAUGCUUAUAUUUGCAAGAGCAACAGGACGAUGGUGUUUUGCCGCGGGAACAAAUGGGAAGAAAAGUUCAUCGGAAGUUGCUAUUGAAGAUGAAAACGAAGAAAAACGUCCCCCAUCUAUCCAGGGAAAAGAUGGCGUUUAUUCGAGCACAGAGUACAUAAACGGAAACGAUGGGAAAAAAAUCACAGAUAAAAUCAAUACUCCCGUUUAA